UGACGAGCGCGGAGCGUCGCGAGGAAAGCCCGCUCGUUAAUAGGCAUGCUCAGCCGCGCGCGGACCGGAGCACCCUGCAGCCGCCUGCCGCCACCGAUGCAGCGCGCGGGGGGGGGAAACUGCGACGGCCCCGCCAAACAUCCGCCAGUGAUGGCCUUUGCUGAAAAGCAUAGCCCCUGCCUCCACCAGUACAGCACAUAAGGACACACACACACACACACACACACACACACGUAUCGACAGGUAUAGGAUAUUCCCACACCGUGCUGGCCUGCCACCACACACAUACAAAUUCACACGGUGUUUGAAACUUCCAGAAGUUUGACCACACUGACACACAAAUACACACACACACACAAUCACACACACACACACACACACACACACACCCACAUACACACACACACAUACACACCAUGUACAGUGUGGAGGAUCUCCUUAUCUCCCAUGGCUACAAACUCUCUCGGAACUGCCCCGCCCCUCCCACCGCAGCGGCCUCAUCCUCCUCAGCGCCCCUCGACAACAAGCAGCGCCAUGGCAACCCUCGCCGUGACAACGUGGACAACCGGCCUGGAGGAGGGGGGGCGCUCAACGGCUUUGGCACCGAGGGGGGGGCAGAGGGGCGGGCCGAGGCCCAAGGAGGAGGAGCUAUCCAGAGAGCGGAGGGAGGAGAGAACGUGGAACGCCUUCAGAGGAGGAAGGAAGUGCCUGUCGGUUACCUUGGCGACCUGCAGCCCCUUGGAGACUCCUUGGCGACGGACAGCGGGUUCUAUGACGCUCCCAGCCUGACCUACUCGGAGCAUCCAGAGGAGCGCGACGUGUCGUACUGGCGGCGGCGAGGCCAGGACUUCAGCGCGUUGCUGGACUACGCCGACCCCCGCGAGCUGCGUCUGUCCGGAGGUCUGUGGCGCGGCGUGGGGUUCGCCCCGGAGGAGCUUCGAGCCGACAGGCCGGUGGCGCGGUGGGAGGAGCCUCCGAGCUGGCAGCAGCAGCGGGAGCCGGUGGACUCGGGGCCUGAGACGCUGCGUGUGACCGGAGGGGACAGGAAGUGCCAGAGCCUGGGCACGGAGGAGUGGCGUCCCGCUGUGGGGCUGGGGAGGCAGCUGUCAGACGGGGAGGCGGAGCAGCGCUGGGCCCAGGAGCAGCAGCAGCAGCUGCGGCUGCGGCCACAAGAGGGCGCCAUGGUCCCCGUUGUGCGCCAGAAGUCCCAAUCACUCCCUCGUGUCCUCUCCCCCGAGGACCCGCAGUACGCAGACCCCCCCUCCACCGGGCCUCCUGCCCUGCCUGUGGCCCCCCUGAGGCUCAACGGCAGCGCGCUGUACGGACGGUAUCCCGGCGACUGGGCGAGCAGCGGGGAGCGGUGGGCUGGGCAAGGUGGUCAAUUUCAAGGUCAAAGCCAGAGUCAAGGGCAAACUCAAAGUCACAUCCAAGGUCACGGGAGUACCGUGGUCGUACCAAAGCCUCGGUUCAGCCGGCCUGUGAAACCUCCGUCUUACGAGACGCACCAGCAGAACAGGGGCAGCUGGGAGACGCUGACCUCUGAACCCGUGCCCAAGCAGAGGGACCGGCCUCUUGCUGCGUAUCCCCAGAGCGUAGAGCCACUCAGAGACCGGCCAACCUGCCUCUCGCAAAGUUCAGAGCCCCUCAGAGACCGUUCCCUUUGCCUCUCGCAAAGUUCAGAACCUUUUAGGGACCGAUCGCUCUGUAUCUCGCAGGGUUCAGAACCUCUUAGGGACCGAUCGCUCUGUAUCUCACAGGGUUCAGAACCUCUUCGGGACCGAUCGCUCUGUAUCUCGCAGGGUUCAGAACCUCUUAGGGACCGGUCAAUCUGUAUCUCGCAGGGUUCAGAACCUCUUCGGGACCGGUCACUCUGCCUCUCGCAAAGUUCAGAUCCUUUCAGAGAUCGUUCCCUCUGUCUCUCUCAGAGUUCAGAACCUCUUCGGGACCGGUCGCUUUGCCUUUCCCAAAGUUCAGAACCUCUACGGGACCGUUCACUCUGCCUGUCUCAGAGCGCGGAACCGCUGAGGGACCUAAGAGACCGACCCCUAUGUCUGUCUCAAAGCGCAGAACCGCUGAGGGACCUACGAGACCGACCCCUAUGUCUGUCUCAAAGCGCAGAACCGCUGAGGGAUAUUAGGGACCGGUCCAUCUGCUUUUCCCAGAGUGCAGAGAUCCUGAGGAUGGAUGUGAGGCCGGACCUGCUGCCCCACGACCUGUAUGGUUCUGGACUGGAGCCUCCGGGCUACAUCCCUCCCCCCUCCUACCGGAGGAUGCCCACACACCGGGGCCUGAUAAGUUACCGCGCCGACGCAGCCCAUCUCCGGUGGAAACGAGAGCCCGUGAGCGCCGAGAUGGGCCGCUGGUUCUCCCGGCAGCCGGCGAUCACAUGGAUGGAGCGCUGGGAGGACAGGAGCGAGCGCUGGGAGGACCGAAGCGUGGCUGUAGCAAGGAAGCCCCUCCACCCUGGUCCCGCCGCCCCCCCAAGUCGGCCAGGGGUCGUGCAGUACCUCCCGUUCGACGACCUGCGCAUCAGGCACAUUUCUGGCGGCCCCAGCGCGGUUCCGCUUCCCGACGCGGAAAAGAUGCGGCACGUGAGCAAAGAUCUCCCCACCCCUGCAGCUUCAGGACAAUCCACACAUGACAGUGCCUUCAUCCCAGCACAGGGCCCAAGCGUCAGCACAGACGCCGCCCACAAACCGGCUCCCAGCGAUCAGGACAACGCCAGCCGCUGGCCCCGGGGGCCGGCCAAGCCCAGCGAAGCUGUAGCAGCAGACCAGAGCGUCGCCAAGUUCUACGCAGCGUUACCGGCGAGGCCCGCCCUGCCGAUCAGGUUAGACAGACCGCCUGAGCCACCGAAACGGCCCGAGAAGUUACCGGAGUUGCCGCCGAAACGACCAGAUAAACCACCGGAGCUGCCAAAAAGGCCUAUCGAGAGACCCACCGAGCAGCCAAAACAAACAGACACAAGCGCAGACCAGCAGAGCAAAGCUCCCAAGCCUCCCGACAAAGCUCAAGGGUCAUCAGAAAGCCUGUCUCACAUGAAGAGGCCCGACCCCCCCCCCGAGCCCCCCCCUGAGAAGCCCAAGAGCAUGAAGAGGAAACUCAACGAGACCAUCUUCUGCCUGGUGUCGGUGCCCGCGCUGUCGCAGUCCAGCGACACGUCUCAGCGGGACCAGAACAACAACGAGGAGAAGCUGGCCGAAAGCUCUCCCGUGAGGAUCCCGCCGCCGCCCCCCAGCACCCCCAGUGAAAAGAGCAACACCCUGAGCUCUGGCCCCAACCAAAGCCUCAAGAGCACAUCCACCACGUCCACGGACCUGGAGCUGCAGGCGCUGACGGGCAGCGUGUCCAGUAGCCGAGUGUCCCGGAGGCCCGCCCACCGCCGCAGGGACUCCAGACCCAGUAAGCCAAACCCCCACGAUGCAUUGCGGCGGUACUCAGGGGCCUGGCCCGGGGACCAGUACCGCGACCAGGAAACCCAGACGAGCCCAGAGCCGGCCAAAAGCGCGCCUGCUGCUUCAGGUCCCCCCGCCACGGAAGCACAACAGCCCUCCGCAGCACCCCCCGCACCAGGAGGGACCCCCGCAGCCCCAUCAGCGGCGGCCCCGGCCCCCGACGGGCCAGCAGCCCCAGAGGCAGGAGCUGGCACAGAGGGCGGCAGCGGCGCCUCCUUUGGGUACCCCAUGAAGGGGCAGAAACGCCUAAAGCCCUCCAGCAACAGCGCCUUCUCUCGGACAGGAACCUUCUGCAAGAGCACAGGAUCAGGCCACAAGGCUCCGCUGCACCCACCCUCCCACCCCCCUCCCCCACCUCCCAACAAACCCCCAGCCCAGACGACCCCCCCACCACCCCCCGCUCAGGGGGAGGGGCCCAAGCCGGGCCCCUCCGAGGCUUUCGGCCAGUUCCUGCUGAAGCCGGUGAGCCGUCGCCCGGGCGACGCAAUCGAGGAGCUGGAGACCAUCAACAAGGAGGUGCAGGACCAGGUGGGGAAGCGUCCGAGCGUGGACCAGUGCAUCGAGGACCUCAACGAGGCCUACAAGGACAUCCUGGAGCUCAGCACAGCCAGCAGCAGCAGCAUGUCCAGCAUCCCCCACUGCUCCUCCUCCAUGCUGAUCCCCGAACGCAUCAAAGCCAAGCUGACCGUGGAGCCGCUGCCACUGAAGCACGGCGGCAGCCUCCGGUCCGGGCUGGAGAGCUGGGCCGGAGCGGUGCUGGGGAGCGACCCGGAGUACCACGAGGUGAAGAGCGCCUUUUCCCGGCCGUCCACCGGGAAGAGCGUGAGCUUCAGCAAGCACCUGAGGGAGGAGAUCUGCGCUGGCCCCUCCUCCACAUCGUCCGAGACCGGGUUCCGCGACUACCGCUCCGUCGUGUCGGCCAUCUCUCAGCGCCGGUCCAUGGACGGCAGAACGGUGAAGCUGGACUUUCCCCCGUCUAAGGACAGCCCGCCUAAAGACGAGGCUCUGAGCGCUCAGGCCACGGUGACCCCUGGUGGCCCGGCUGCCGCCGAGGUGCCCUGGGCCGACCGGCAGCCCAUGCAGGACGCCUCCACGCUCACCAGCCCCCCCGACUACGAACACAUCUGCCAGUCCCUGCAGCAGGCAGCGCGAGAUCCAGCCACUGGAGCGGUGCCACCUGCUGGCCAGCAGGGACCAGCAGCCUUCAAGCCCAAAGUAGCAGGCAGCAGCAGCGGCGGGGCAGAGGGGCCAGCAGGGGGCGCUGUGGCACGAGAGGAGUGCUGCUACUGCCAGAUGGAGGCAGAGCGGCUGAGGCUGGAGCAGACGGCCGUCACCAGGGACGACGACGACAGGGGCUCUGGAAUCAACGUGGCGACAGGACAGAGCGGCCGUUUCCCCGACAGUGGCGGGGCUCUGUCUGGCCUGGCCCCGGGGAAGAACGACGGUGGUGGUGGGGGCGAGGUAGCGGUGCCGCCUGAUUGGAGGAUGCAGCUGUCGCUGGCGGAGAAGCACCUGGAGACGCUCAUCACGGGAGAGAAGAGGGGCGGGGCUGAGGCUGCGGCCGAGGGAGAGGCCGACCCGCGGAAAGUUCCAGAAGCGGCUCCAGACGACGGGUCAGUGGAGGCGCGAGCCACGCAGACCCUCAGCCUCGACUCGUCUGCGGAGACAACGACGACCGCACCAGACCCGGUGCGGAGAGACCCGGCGCCGCCAGGCGAGCAGAACCCGGGCGGUUCCCCGUCAGCAGAACCGGUUCCUCCAGCAGGACCGCCGCAGAGCACAGCAGCAGAGCCAGGCCGGGCCGCCAGGGCGGCGCCAGAGGAUUCCAGAGAGGGCAGCCAGGAGCAGCCGAAGCCCCGACGGGAGCCCUGUCCGACGGCACGCGCCUACCCUGGCCUCGACCCCGCCCUGCUGCAGGAGUUCCCCCCGGAGAGGCUGCCCCUUUCCGUGCCCCCCCACCACAGCCGCAGGCUCUCAUUGGGUCCCGACUGGGAGAGGCGGGUUCUGGAAGAGGAGAGGUGGGGCUUGGGUGGGGGCGGGGCUAGAGAGAGACGGUCACUGGAUGCAGAGAGGCGGGGGGUGUGUGGGGAGAGAUGGGGAUUGGAGGAUGACGGGGGGAGGAGGAGGGGUCAAGAGAAUGUAGGACUAGAGAUGGAGGGGGAGGGCCCGAGCACAGAGGGGAGGGGCCUGGAGGAUGAUGGACAGCGUGUGCAGGACAGUGAGGGAGCGGGCCAGCAGGAUGAGGGGCGGGGCCAGCAGGAUGAGGGGCGGGACUCUGCUUUAGACAGACAAGGGGCGGCCCCAGAGAGGAGGGGGCGUGUCCCUUCUCAGAGAAUAGAGGCCUUGCAGGAGCGCCUGACGUGGUCGCCAGGGCGGGUUGCUAAGGAGAGGAUCGCCCGCAUGAAGGAAGUGGACUCUGUGUCUCGCAUCCGGCGGCUCAGCCUCCGCAGCACAGGCUCCUGGGAAGGGGAGGGGCCUGGAGGCCAAGAGGCGGCCGAGAGCAGCAGCCCGCCAGCGCCCCCUACCAGCCAGGAGGAAGCACUGCAGAACACCCUCACCUCUCCCGCAGAUGUGGCGGAGCUGAGCCACACACAGGACGUCUGACGCCGAAGGUCAAGGUCAUCUCUACACAAGGUCAAGGUCGUCUCUACACAAGGGCAAAGGUCAACUGUACACAAGGGCCAGCCUUCAGCACUGUGACCUGGCCACGACCUCCGCAAGAAGAAUUCCUUCACCUCAUAACCCUCUCACCUCUCUAUUCGCUCUCACACACCCUCUCUCAAAAACACACACACAGACAC